AUUGAAUUAAACCGACUAACCUAAAAGUUUACGUUUUCAUUAAAAAUAAAAACAGUUACAAGUAGCAUUUAGAAAUAGGAAUGAAAAUAAUAAAAAAAUGGGUGAUAUAAAAAUUAUAUUAAAAUGGAGUGGUAAAGAAUAUGAAAUCGAGAUAAACGAAGGUGACAAUGUGUUGGAUUUGAAAAAGGAAAUCGAAAAACAGACAGGAGUUCGACCUAACAGGCAAAAGCUAUUGAACUUAAAAUUGAAGGGUAAGAUGCCAGAUGAAGAAUGUAAACUGGGACAGUUGAAGUUAAAACAAAACUUUAAAUUGAUGAUGAUGGGAUCCUUAGAAGAAGAUAUUGAAGAGGUUAAUACAGCUCCAACCGAUCUUCCUGAAGUUGUAAAUGAUUUAGACAUAGAAGAAGAGGAAGUUGCUAUAGAAAACCAAGAAGUAUAUCUAGCUAAAAUAGAAAAGAGAAUAAAAGAUUAUGAAAUUAAAAUGCUAAAUGAUUUACGUCUAGAUAAAAAAUUAUUGGUAUUAGAUAUUGACUAUACAUUAUUUGACCACAGAUCAACUGCACAAACUGGUGCAGAAUUGAUGAGGCCUUAUUUACAUGAAUUUUUAACUAAAGCUUAUGAAGAUUAUGAUAUUGUGAUUUGGUCAGCUACUGGCAUGAAGUGGAUUGAAGAAAAGAUGAAAUUAUUAGGCGUAAACAAUAAUCCUAACUAUAAAAUAGCAUUUUAUUUAGAUUCUCUUGCAAUGAUCUCAGUGCAUACUCCAAAAUAUGGAGUUAUGGAUGUAAAACCUCUAGGUGUGAUAUGGGGUAAAUUUAAACAGUUCUCCUCCAAGAACACCAUAAUGUUUGAUGAUAUUAGAAGAAAUUUUAUAAUGAACCCAAAAAAUGGUUUACGCAUUAAACCAUUCAGGGAAGCACAUUUAAAUAGGGCUAAAGAUAACGAGCUACUUCGGUUGUCGAAAUAUUUGAAAGACCUUGCCGAACACUGCAGCGACUUUGCUACAGUAAAUCACAGGCACUGGGAGAAAUAUAAACCUAAAAGAAGACAUGGAAGGGGUCAUUGAAUUGCUUAGUGAGAUAAUGUAUCGAUUAUAGAAAUUAAUUAUUUUUAAUAUACGAUUAAUUGCAAUUUUA